AUGUACGCUCUUACUCUCCUCGUUGCUGCCAUCAGCAUAGUCGCCGCGGCGCCCUCCGUUGACGUUGAAGCCCGUCAAGCAGUCCAAGUUGCUUCCGUCGACCGCUACGCCGGUAGCGGUUGCACCGGUACCAUAUGCAGAACUGAUCCCGCGCAGAACAUUGCAGGAUCUGGUGACCUUUUCACUGGCUGCAACAAAGUCACAGAUGCUUGCAAAGCCAGCUUGAGGCUCAGCGGCCUGAAGCCCGGCUGCAAGGUCACUAUCUGGUCGGAUGAAACAUGCUCCAGUGUCCGCCAGUUUGCGAAUGUCACCAGCUAUGACUGCUAUGCUCUUGGCCCGCCCAUCAAGAGUAUCUCUGUCACUUGCUAG